AAUUGAUGAGGCCACCACCGACUUGAGACGACCUAGUGAGGCAAGGGUGUGCAUUGAGGUGAAUUUGGAGCAAAAGUUGCCCGACAGGGUUUGGAUUGAGCGUGCUGGUAACCGUGGCUUCUGGCAGACAGUUAUCUAUGAGAAGCGGCCAAUUUUUUGCUUCUCUUGUAAACACUUGGGUCAUUCUUAUGAUCAGUGUACUACAGUUCCUCCUCCUCCUCCUCCUCCUCCUACAGUUGUUGUGCACCCCCCUGUUCGGCCCCCUAUUACUAGGACUGAUAAGGAUAAGGGCAAGGUGACGUUUGUGGAGCCAAAGAAGCAGUGGGUUCCAGUUUCAGCAGUGCCUUCUGUGCUUCCCACUACUACUAUUGCAGUUGUGACAGAGUCAGAAUCUACAUCGGCAGUUCCUACCUCUACUCGUAUCACAGUUGAUCCAGAGGUACCUCCGUAUAUUCAUUCAGUUGCUGAGCCUACUCCAAAUGCUCCUAUCGAGGUACCCACUUCUCCUAUUAUUACUUCCAUAGCUCCUAUUCCCACAGCUACUACUGAUGUACCCCCUGAGCGGACGCAUAUGAGUUCUCCACCAUUGAAGACACACACAGAUGGUACUCAGUCAGCGCAGGGAUCAGGUACCGGGACAGUUCCUCAAACCACUCUUGCACAGGGGUUGUUGGCUGAGAUCAGCUCAGAGCGACAUGGUGUCAAGCAUAUGUUGAUUGAUCACUUUAAGAAGGACCAUGGAAUGAAAGUUGGAUCUACCAUGAGAUUUGCUAUUGAAGACUUGGUUUUUAAGCUCUUUGGAGAGGGACCUUCUGUGAGUAAGACUCCUACGCAGACACCUUCACCUAGUCCUUCUAUCACAGCUCCUACACACAAUAAGGUGAAAGAACAUAUACAGAGAGACAUGGAUGGCAUGGGACUUGGAAACUGCAUGCAAAAUGCAGAGGACGAUGUCCCUACAGCAAGCAGGUCAAUCUCCCAUGAUUCAGAUGUCGUAGCACAGAACACCAUGAGAUUAGACGCACCUACGACUAGUACAAUGAGAUCAGAUGCACCCGCUUUUCGCCCGACAUUCAGUGCACCACCAUCUGAACAGUUCUUAUCACCAAAGCAGGCUCCUACACGCAGGCGAGACCCCUCUCCAACGAGCGAGCCAGACAUCGCAAACUACUAUGAUCCGGAAAUGUUUCAAACCAGACGCAUGACUCGAUCAAUGUCUAUGUACUACCACCCGAAGAUUUACCCUCGGGAAUACCCUUGAGUACCUUUCAUUAG